AUGCUAACCUUGGUCCCUAGCGCCUGCAUUCCUGCCCUCGUCCUCGCCAGCGCCAACGCCUACAAGCUCUGGAACGAUCACUGGGAGCACUGGUCUCACCUCCCUCCUCUGGAGGAGCGCACCGAGUACCCUUACCAGAACGUCCGCUCUAGGAACUUCAGCUGGGGUGAUGGUGACAAGAAUGUCAACUACCACAACCACGACAAGGUUAAAUAA